AUGGAUACCGACCUCUAUCAGUGCGCUGUCUCUGCAGGUGAUCUCGAUGACAUCAACGAAAAACUCAGGCUGUUCCAGGUCUCUUCCAAACUUUCUAACGGGGAGCUACUUCCUGCCCUUCAAUUACCCCCUGAAUUAAGCAUCGUUAACUCCCCCCCGAAUCAGCCACCGCGCAGGGCAUUCUAUGGCUUUGUUGUCUCCAAAGACAUCUUGACUGACUAUGCCCUGCGCUGGUACCAAGGCAAAUUCACCCGCGAGAGUUUCAAAACUAUCAAUUGCGCCUGGGUUAAUACCAUUUGUAUUGGUGCUGCGAAAAGGCAUCUGGAACUCGACCCGGAACACCCAAGAAUCCGGAUUCCUCCAGUUGAUACGCCCGACGGGACCAAGCCCUGUGUCUCUAUCUACGACAAUCACUACGUUCCUGGCUGGAACCUGGAUGUGGAGACGGAGACGCGGUUCAUUGAGUUUAUUAGGACUGAGCUGGAGUUGCCAAAAACGCAGGAGCCGAUGUGGUACUACUGCCAUGGCAGGUGA